UCAUAUAAACCAACCUCUUCAUAUAAAACCCAACCGAUCAACUAGGGUUUCUCUCUUGCACUGCAUCUCCUCUCUCUCUCUCUCUGUGCAAAAACCCACCAAAAAAAGAAAAGAAAGAAGAACCUCAAUCUCCAUAGCCAGCAAACGCCAUGGGUCGAAUGCACAGUCGCGGUAAGGGUAUUUCCGCUUCUGCCCUUCCCUACAAACGCACUCCUCCAAGCUGGCUAAAAAUCUCCUCUCAAGACGUAGAGGAGAACAUCUGCAAGUUUGCAAAGAAAGGGCUAACACCGUCUCAAAUUGGUGUUAUCCUCCGUGACUCUCACGGUAUUGCCCAGGUCAAAAGCGUAACUGGAAGCAAGAUUCUCCGCAUUCUCAAAGCUCAUGGGUUGGCACCGGAGAUCCCGGAGGAUUUGUAUCACUUGAUAAAGAAAGCGGUUGCUAUACGAAAGCAUUUAGAGAGGAAUAGGAAGGAUAAAGAUUCUAAAUUUAGGUUGAUUUUAGUUGAAAGCAGGAUUCAUAGGCUUGCUCGAUAUUACAAGAAGACAAAGAAGCUCCCUCCUGUUUGGAAAUAUGAAUCAACUACAGCAAGCACUCUGGUUGCUUAAGGAAGGUGUGGUUGUCCAAGGAUUUGCGGCUAGUCUGGUUGGAUCUCCUAGUGGACUUCAUUGAUGACCGUUUAGGGAUGGGCAUAUGACAUUGUUUUCUUUUAUCUAAUCAAAAGAUAAUUUUCUGUUUUGGGUUCUGCUUUUACAUCUGUUAUCAAUGUUGAGUAUUUGUUUGUCAUGAAAUCUUUUGGAGCUAUAAAAUUUUGGUCACGAUUUAUAAGCUA